UGUUUCUCUAUGGUUUCAGGCCCGGCCCCUUCCGCCUCCGGUCGCUCUAGCCCGCAGAGGGAACGGUGAGAGAUCCUGGUUUCCUUCUAGGCUUCAGGAGGACGCGGGCGGCGCCUCGUUGGUAGUGUCGUCCGCCAUGGAGACGGUUCGUAAAGCGCUGUUAACGGUGGCGGUGCUAGGCGCUGGUGCUGGCGUAGGCUCCAUUCUGUUUGCUGUUGUGGCUCCAGGAGAACUCAAGAAGCAGUCGAUGCUGCAGGAGUUCCCGGAACGGGACCCGCAGCGCAGGGACGAAGCCUUCAGGACCAAGGAACUAAUGAUGGCUACCCUGAAGGAUGCCGCAACCACGAACGAGAACAUGACCUGGAGGAAGAACUGGAUGGUUAGCGGCGGCGGCAGGUCAGCGUGACAGCAGAGCUUGCCCGUGGGUGCGGGGACCUUUGAGGCGCUUUUCUUCGUGCGCCGGACGUGAAGUCCGGAUUCAGGAGACACACCGUGACUCUACCAGGCAUAGGGAGCUGCGGACUCGGGGGUCGGAUGUGUGGAACCAAAGGAACUAAUGAAUCCAGUUUAUCGGUUAAGUGGAUUCCGAAGCUGGACAUCUAGAGAGCCGUGAGGGUCGGCGCGGUGGGCGUGCAAGACCGAAGCAGCUGCAAGCCACUCCUAGAGAGUUCUAAGUCCAAUAGGUUUUCUGACUGUUCAAAACAGGUCACGUGAACUAAGCUUGCUUCUGCAACGGCGGUAAAAGACUUUUCUAAAGUCUGUUUUUGUGUGUCCUUGGGUGUGUUGUGUGAAUGAAAAGUGCCGGUGCGUCUUGUGUGUGGAAGUCACCGAACAGCUUUGGCAAGACCGGCCAAGGGUCUUUAACCGCUGAGCCAUCUCGUCUACCUAAACUGUAGAGACAGGGUCGCAUAUCCCAGGCUAGUCUGGAAUCCAAAGUAUUCAAGCUUGACCUUAAAAUAAUGAUCCUUCCUUCACUCCCGAGUGCUGUGAUUCCAGGAGUGAGGUUCGCAUGCCCACUAGUCCUUGAACAUUGGGUUUGCAGUGACUACUUUAGAGAACUGUCCUUUAAGCAGAGUUGUAGAGGGGUCCCUUGACUGUUUCAGUGCCUCCUCUAGUUACUAUUUAACUUUAGUUAACGGCUCUUAAGAGAAGCUGGCUGACUAGUACUGGGACUGCUUUGUCAGUCCAGACCAUUAUUUUUUUUUCAUGGAAAAUGUUAGCAUUUAAUUAACUUCCUGGCUGGUUUAAUUCAAUAGGACACAGGCACCUCCAACACCUUUAAUUUUCUCUUCAGCUCUUCUGCUGAAGAAUUUGGCCUUCACCCUGACAGGCUGCUGUUAGGGAGCUUGCCCUUCUCCAGAACUUUGUAGUAGCCCAAUUGCACAGCAACAAUUGAGCAGCCCCAGUCUUGUUUUGACCCGGGAAUCCAGACCAUUCUCAAGCAUAGCAUGCCACACACCCAUAAUCCCAGUACUCCUGGUGAGGUGAGCAAUUUCUGCUUGGUGGUGGCAGCACACGCCUUUAAUCCCAACACUUGGAGGCAGACCGAGGCAGGCGAGCUCAAGGUCAGCCUGGUCUAUCAAGAGAGUUCAAGGACAGCCAAGGCUACACAGUGAAACCCUACCUUGGAGGGGGGGUUCAUGACUUUCUUGAGACAGUUGCUGAAAAAUGAAAAAAAAAAUGUAGCAGUGCAGGAUGACUUCUGCCUGAGUCUCAGCACUUGGGAGUCAGAAUUUUAACAUGUUCAAAGCCAGCCAUGACUAUAAAAUGUGUUAUAGGCUGUCAUGAAGUAGAAUUGAGAUCCUGCCACAAAGUUCCCACCAUCCCCUCAAAGCUCAGGCUCUCACUACAUAUAGGCUGUUGAAGUGUCUCGGGGUAAGGACACUUUGAGCUAAGUCUGAGGACCUAAAUCCAAUCCCUGGAACCUACAUGGUGAAAGGAAAGAACUGACUUCUGUUUCUUCUGACCUCCACAGGCAUACAUAGUGAGUCCUCGCCCUGAGGUUUUCACUGUAAUAUGCUCUCAGUCCCUGAAUCCAUUUAUAUUCUUGGAAAUGUCACUGAGAGCAUGAAUCAUGGACGUAGGCAUAGUGGCAUACAAAACUCAAGCAAACAAAGAAAGCCAUUGAGUUGGAACUGCAUAGAGAUCAAGCAGGCCACAAAUCCUUUUUUGUUUGUUUGUUUUGUUUUUUGUUUCUUUUGCUAAGGAUUAAGCCCCAGUACCUUGGCAUGUUAAUAAAUGUUACCUAUGGCUGAGCUCCACCUCUAGCUCACAUAUAUAUAUAUAUGUGUGUGUAUGCAAGUUUAAAACACAUACUUUUCACUGGGGAAGGGUCUUUUUUUGUGUGUCUGGGUAGCCCAGGCCAGUUUAAACUUGAGGUGUCAUCCCAUAUCAGCAUCUCAAAUGCUAGGAUGAGCUUGUGCUUCAUUUGUCUAUUUUUGUAAUCUACUUGUAAUUUCCUACAAUUGCAGCAGAAAAAAAUGUUCGAUACAGAACUCACCUGGUUGGAUAUUUAACACCCAAAAUUGAAAAUCUGAUUGCCCAGAACCUAGAAACUGUAUGCUUAGCUGGGCUGUCAUGGUACACACCUUUAAUCCCAGCACUUGGGAGGCAGAGACAGGUGGAUCUCUGUGAGUUCAAGGCCAGCCUGCUCACAAAUCCAGAACAGUUUAUAAUCCUAGCACUAGGGAAAAAGCAACAGACCACCAGUAGGGCCCAACAAGGUGGCAAACACCUUUAAUCUUAGCAUUUGGGAGGCAGAGGCCUAGUCUCCAUAGCAAGUUCCAGGAUAGCCAGGGUUAUAUAGUGAGACCCUGUCUUGAAAAAAAAAAGAAGAACAGAAAGGGGCUAGAGAGAUGGCUCAGGGGUUAAGAACACUGGCUUCUUCCAGAAGUCCUGAGUUCAAUUCCCAGCAACUACAUGGUAGCUCAUAACCAUCUAUAAUGAGAAUGGAUGCCGUCUUCUGGUAUGCGGGUAUACAUGCAGACAGAACAUUGUAUACAUAAUAAAUAGAUCUUAAAAAAGAAAAAUAAGUUCAAGAUGGUAUUUGGCUGCAUAGCAGGUCCAAAGUCAGUUUGGGAUACGAGUCUGUCUCAUAAAACUUAAAGUUAGGGGGGAUACAAAGUAAAUAAAGUAUAAUUAAAAAUAAAAAAAAUAAUGGAAAAAAAGUUAUUGCAGGAAUAGAGGCACAUGCCUUUAAAUCCUAGCACUCAGAAUGCAGAGGCAGGCAAAUCUCUGAGUUUGAGGCCAGCUGGUCUAUAAAGUGAGUCCAGGACAGCCAGAGCUACACAGAGAAACCCUGUCUCGAAAAGCACACACAUGCACAACAAAACUCUAAAUUCAGCUACUAAGGAAACAACUGUAAGAAUGUGUGUUUAUGGCCACAUACAGUCCUUAUUGGCUGGGAGUGUGUGCAUGGAGAAAAUCCCAAGGAGAGGAUAGUGAAUGGGGCAGGGGGGUAGGGAUUGGUCCCUGACAAAAGUAAAAUAAAGGAGUAUGGACUGGGCCACCUUGGUGGAGUUACAAGGCCAAGCAUGCCACAGUGCUCAAUAUGUAACACAGGCAGGGCAGCCUGAGCCCCAGGAGCUUUUGCUUCUGGAAAUCCCAGGUUCAUUAGGGUUCCUGGUAAGGGAUACUUCUUUUUCUUUCUUUCUUUUUUAAUUUUAUGUGCAUUAAUAUGAAGGUGUCAGAUCCCUUGGAAUUGGCGGUAUAGACAGUUGUGAGCUGCCAAUUGAACCCAGGUCCUUUGGAAGAGCAGACAGUGCUCUUAACCAGUGAGCCAUCAAUCCAGCCCCAAGUGGUACUUCUUUAGUGUGCACACACCUCUGGACAGUCUGGAAAUUUUAGUGUGCACACCUUCACAAACACACAAGUCUGGAGACAGUUCUCUCUUGAUACCAUGAGAGGCAUGAAAAUAAGUGAGAAUGAAUGAUGGUCACUUGGGGAUUAUGAAGGGCUCCAAAGGGACACCAGUGACAAAGUACUGUGAUGAGAUCUCUCACUUUGAAGGUUGAGAGAUAAAUUAGGAAUCAGACAGUGAACAUAGGAGAUGCAGAUGAGCUUUGACUAAAAGGAUGGAAUCUGUCAGACAUGGCUUCAGAUGGGAGGGCAGAAGGGUCCUGGGUCAUGCCUAUGUCUCCCAUUCUGCCUAUAAGUCAAAGUCUUUCUUUGCUAAUGUAAGAAAGUGACUUUUAAAAUAAUUGUUUAUAAGUCAUAGCAGUAAAAUAUGAUGGAAAUGUAAGAAGUACUGUUUACAAAAAUAUGGAGUGCCUAAGAGUAAAUCUUUUAAGGCUGAGGAGAAGGCUUAGUAGACAUUUGCCUAACACAAAGGCCUAAGUUCAAUCCUAAAUUGUCUUGUUUGUAGUCCUGGCUAUCCUGGAACUCUCUCUAUAGACCAGGCUGGCCUCUAACUCACAGAAUUUUUCCUCUUCCUCACCAUUGUUGGGAUUAAAGGCAUGCCCAACCAUGCCCAGAAAAUUAUUUUAGUGUAACAUUUUUAUUUCAUGUAUAUGGGUGUUUUGCCUGCAUGUAGGUCUGUGUAACAGGUGUAUACCUAAUGCUCUUGGAGACCAGGACAUUGAGUCCCCUGGAACUGAAGUUUAAGCCAGUUAUAAGCCACUAUGUGGGUUCUGGGAAUGAAACGCAUGUCCUCUGGAAGAGCAAAGGACUGUGAAGCUUAACUGCAAAUUACUUUCUUCAGUCCUUCCCUCAAAAAGUGAGUUAUUUUAAAAAUAUGUGGACUGCAUAAUGACUCAGUUAAGAGCGCUUGCUCCUACCUAAGAAUAAAGUGUGGGAGUGCAUGCUUUUAUCCCACAACUCAAGAAGCAAAGGCAGAUCUCUAUGAGUCUGAGGCCAGCCUGGACUAUCUAGUAAGACCUUCUCUAAGGUGGGAGUCAGUGACGGAAGAGGACGUGAUCUUGCUAUGUAGUCAGCUAACCUUGAAGUCUGGAAUUCUUGGGCCCUCCUCAACCUCUCAUGUAGCUGGGACAUGUAGCUCAGAUUACCUUUUAAUUUAUUGCAGUCCUUCUGCCUCAUGUUCAGAUUUCAGACAUAAGCUACCACAGUUGGCUAAAUAUUUCAAUUUCCUGAAAAACUUUAAAGAAGUCCUAAUUGGAGCUAUGGAGUUGUCUCAGAAGUUAACAGUGUGUUAUACUCUUAAAGAGCACCGGAGCUCAGUUCCCAACACCAGGAUCGGCUGGCUCAUAACCACUGGUAGCUCUAGACUUCACAGGCAUCUACACUCACAUGCACACACCCACAUACAAACAAAUUGUCUUAGUCAGGGUUUCUAUUGUUGUAAUGAAACACCAUGACCAAAAAGCAGGUUGGGAGGAAAGGGUCUAUUUGGCUUAUACUUCCACAGUUCCCUGUUCAUCACUGAAGGAAAUCAGGACUGGAACCUGGAGGCAGGAACUGACGCAGAUUCCAUAGAGUAGUGCUGCUUACUUGUGGAGAGCAGUUUGUUUGUCCAGCAGCUUUGUUAUUGAGCAUUCAUCGAAAAACAUGUUUUUACUCUGGCCUUCACCUUGAGACAGAGAUAAGAGGAUGUAUGUUCCUUAAAACUUGUUUGUGUGACCUUGGACCAUAUCUGCUACAGGGAAAUAGUUUUAGAAAACAAGUUUGGCAGUUCUUUCUUGUAUUGAUGUGACUUGUUUUUGCUUUGCCUAUUAAAGGGGAAUUGUGGAAUAAA